GAACUACAAAUACCAAGAUGAGCUGCAGUGAACGCGGGUGUGUAAACACAACUCUAGGAAACAUGAAACGAUCGGGUGGCAGUGAGAGCGAGAAGAGAAGAAAGAGGCGCAGGCUGCUGCAGGAGCUAGGAGAUCAGCGUAUCCCCUACCUCGGGCCCUCAGACCAUGGCUUCCAACAACUGUGGGAGACUAGCUACUCUGGCCUGGCUCUGCGGCGGUCCUGCUCCCUGCCUGAGGAGCUCCAUGGUCGGGUGGAGGCUGCUCUGCUCGUCCUGCGGCGGAGGGGCUGUUUCCUGAGGGACCUGGUGAAGGUGAGGGACCGAGACGUCUUCACCGCCGUGUCCCGGGUGCUGCUGGGUCAGCCAGGAACCACCUACCGCUACCUGGACACGCGGCUCUUCACCAUCCCCUGGCACACAGACGAGCAGAGAGGGACCUGCUGCGACCCAGACCUCAGCGCCGCCUGCAAAGCACUCUGGGAGCUCAACCGCUUCUUCUGCUCUGAUGUCGGAGACAGGAAGGAGGGGGAUGUUUUCAAGCAGUGCAGGAAAGAGUUGGUUGGUGCUAUAGAGUCUAAACCCAGUGUAGAAGGAGACACGGAGUCUAAAGAUAGCGAGGAGUCCAAACCCAGUGACGAUGGAGGAGACUCGGAGUCCAAGCAGAGUGAGGAGGGAGAGACUGAGUCAAAGCACAGCGACGAUUGGGACAUAGAGUCAAAACACAGUGAAGAGGAAGGCCCAUCGUCCAAACAGGAUGCAGCGUGGGAGUCAAGACACAGCGACGAGAUGGGAGACAUGAAGACUAAACAAACUGAACUGGGGAGUCCAGCGGGGUCAAAACAACACAGUGAGGGAAAACACACAGGCUGGAAGCACAGGCCAGCUGGCAGCACAGAGACAGAGACCACAGGCCUAGGCCCUCAGGAGAAGCCUGUGGCUGAGCUAAAACACAGUCUCUCUGGGUACCACAUUGAAGAUGAGGAGGAUGAAGACCAGCAGAGUGGCCAGGGAUGCUCUAACCUCAACCCUGCUAAGACAACCUGUCCUGGCCCGACCCAGUUCAACGUCACCCUGCUCAACUACAUGGACCCAGCAGCUAUGAGCCAGCUGAAAGAAGAGCCGUAUUAUGGGAUGGGUAAGAUGGCUGUGGGCUGGCACCAUGAUGAGAACCUGGUCAGCCUAUCUCCUGUGGCCGUCUACAGCUACAGCUGUCACGACGAUGACAAAGCAGGUGUGAGCUCGGAGGAGGGUCCUGCGGAGAAGGGCUGCUGGAGGAUUGGUCUAAAGGUGGCCUGGGACAUCCACACCCCUGGAUUGACCCUCCCACUGCAGUCCGGAGACUCCUACUACCUGAGAGAUGAUCUGAACAGGACCCAUCAGCACUGUGUUCUGGCUGGAGACUCGGCCCGCUUCAGCUCUACACACAGAGUGGCGGAGUGUUCCACCGGGACCCUGGACUACAUCCAGUCUCGCUGCCGGGAGGCCCUGUCUAACCUGAGCACAGACCCAGAAACAGGGACCCACAGCCUUCUCUCCCUGCUGCCAGCUACCCUGCAAGGCUACGAGGAGAUACACAACGAGGUGGAGUUUGAGUGGCUGAGGCAGUACUGGUUCCAGGGCCAGCGCUACACCCGGUUCUGCAGCUGGUGGGCCAGACCCAUGGGGCAGCUGGAGAAUGACUGGAGAGAGAUGGAGCUCAUGACGCAACUCUUACUGGCAGCGGUGGAGGAAGAGGGACAACCGGAGGAGGGCAGGAGAGAGAUGGCGGAGACCCUGCUAACUGCCCUGACAGACAGACAGCAGCACAGGCAGACCUGGAGAGACAGGUGCCAUUCCAGCCUGGCCCAGACCCUGCCCCCAGAAGAGGCCCCCGUGGACCGGCCGUUUUGGGCCGACGACGACCCCAGCAUGCCUCUGCCCUUUGACCUAGCUGACAUCAUCAACAGGGUGGAGUCACUCCUCUGGAGGAUGUGACAGAUGGGACACAAAGAGAAGGAGAAAGAGAGAGAGAGUCACCCCGUCAUCUGAACAGCCUCUAUCAUGAGGACAGACGACAGAGAAGGAGAACAGGACCUACCAACUCCUGAUGGUGUCAACGUCCUCCAAUGGGGGUACACUUCCCCACCCCAGCCCACUCUGAACCCCACCCAACCCUGUACCUCGCCCCACCCCGCCCAAACCAGUCUCAUCUAGCUUUGCUUGGAUGGACCCAACAUGGCUGCAACAUGAGGAUGAACCCUGAGUAGUGCUUUGCUAACAUGCUAUAGCUGGUAUUGGAACUAGUCUCACAAUGGUAAUGUGGACAACCUGCAGAAUUUAAACUGAAUGUGUAGGAAUGUAUUAUUUCAAUGAAUGUUCUGUUUCUUUUCUACAUUUAACCAGCUUUGUGAAUGGAUAUGACAAAUAGUCAUACAGAUGUAGGAUCUUAAUUUGACCAGUUUCUCACAGCAGCGUAAUUAUCCUGCAGUAACAGGAAAUGUGAAUUAUUGGGUGGAUUAUAAUUAAUGGACAUUUUUGUAAGGGUUGAUACAUUUUUACUUAGGGCAAAUCAAGUCUGACAUUUUCAAGUGGAAAUUACAAACAUCAGAAAUCCUUUUAAACCUCGAAUACACUACAAGUUUGCAUUUCCUGCUGGGCAGGAAAUGUCCUGCAACAACAGGGUGAUCAAAUUAAAAUCCUAUAUUUGUAGUACAUUUAUACUUUCUGUUUCUAAUUCAGUGUUGUUCUAAUUAUACUGUUGUAUCCUAAUGUCCAUUCACUUCCUGUAUUUCACAACUUUCUUGUUCAGAAUCUCACAAGGCAUGACUUUGUGUUACUAAGAUGUGACUGAAAGUGUUUAUCUGAAGUAUGUAUGUUUGUGUGUGUGUGUGGUUGAAUGUGUGUCACUGCAGUAUUUACAGUAUGUGAUAUUGUAUAUGUGUGAAGCAGUAUGAUAGGGAUAGGGCCUGUAGCAGGGCUGGGAGAUGUCUAUGCUAGAGAGGAAAGGACAUGAGAGUCUAGUAGACCUCUAGGUUCUAGUAGGCAGGCCUCUGUCUGCAUGUCUGUCUCUAGUCUGCUCUGUAGGGCUGAAAGGCAGCCCAGGCAGACGGCUACUGUAGGGCUGAAAGGCAGCCCAGGCAGACGGCUACUGUAGGGCUGAAAGGCAGCCCUGGCAGACGGCUACUGUAGGGCUGAAAGGCAGCCCAGGCAGACGGCUACUGUAGGGCUGAAAGGCAGCCCUGACAGACAGCUACUGUAGGGCUGAAAUGCAGCCCAGGCAGACAGCUACUGUAGUGCUGAAAGGCAGCCCUGACAGACAGCUACUGUAGGGCUGAAAUGCAGCCCUGACAGACAGUUUAUGUAGGACUGAAAGGCAGCCCAGGCAGACAGCUACUGUAGGACUGAAAAGCAGCCCAGGCAGACAGCUACUGUAGUGCUGAAAGGCAGCCCAGGCAGACAGCUACUGUAGUGCUGAAAGGCAGCCCAGGCAGACAGCUACUGUAGGACUGAAAGGCAGCCCAGGCAGACAGCUACUGUAGGACUGAAAGGCAGCCCAGGCAGACAGCUACUGUAGGACUGAAAGGCAGCCCAGGCAGACAGUUUAUGUAGGACUAAAAGGCAGCCCAGGCAGACAGUUUAUAUAGGACUGAAAGGCAGCCCAGGCAGACAGCUGCUAUAGAGCUGAAAGGCAGCCCAGGCAGACAGUUUAUGUAGGACUGAAAUGCAGCCCUGACAGACAGUUUAGGUAGGACUGAAAGGCAGCCCAGGCAGACAGUUUAUGUAGGUCUGAAAGGCAGCCCAGGCAGACAGCUACUAUAAUGUGUGGCUGAUAGAAGGAUCCCCAUCCCAACUGCCACUCUCUCUUCAUAAUUGCAGCUGUUCAAUGGCUUUUAAUUAGUCUUAAAGCGUGUAGAGCACCACUUUCCCUGUAUCGCUGCAGGCCAGAAAGUCAGAUCCACGGCUUCUGACAAAACCAGCCAGGAAAGAGAAGCUAUGGGUGAAAAUGGGAUGGUUGUCAAAGCCAAGCAGAGCAGCCUUCUUUUUAUUUCUUGGUAACACUUUAUUUCAGGGAUCAUCAACUAGAUUCAGCCGCAGGAUGAAUUACAAAUCAUUUUUAACUGCAAAUUGACCCCAAGAAGCCCAAACAGAUAUAAUAUUUGACUAAAACAUAAUAAUUACAAACCUUGCUUACGUUUGUGCACAAUUACUUGUCUCUCUAUUAUGCGUGGGAAUACUUGGGAAUUAUAAAACAAUAUAGUUAUUUUAUUAUUUUUUUGCUUCGAAAACUUGGGGGCCAAAUAAAAGCACCCGCGGGCUGCAGUUGGGCAGCCCUGCUUUAUUUGAACUAGCCACCAUAAUGCCUGUAUAACAAUGUUGUAAACAUGUCAUAACUCUUCGUAACUUGUGUCAUUGUCAUAACUGAAGCUUUAUGGCAUGUGUUGACAAGUUAUGACUCGUGGUAUGAAGCUUUAUAACAUGGUUAGGACAUUUUUAUGAAGGGUUAUAGAGAUCAUGGUGUUUAGUUCAAAUGAAGUGUUACCAAUUUAUUUAUCUAUCUAUAUCAACAGGAAGUAGAACUGAUAUAUAGUGUUAAAAAUACACUUCUCAAAGUUGUAUUUUAUUUCUGGAGGUUUUUCCAAUUUCAAAUGUUAACAGUUGCCAAAUUGUUGUUCUCUUGCUUAAUCUUUUUGGAUGUUGACUGAGGUUGAGAUUGUAGACUGGCUGUAUUGUUGAGUUAAACAACUAUGUGCUCUCUGUUUCACAGCUCAGCUUGUCUGUCUGAAGCUUUAGGAAGGCAGUAAAUAAACCAAGACAGUGUUUUAUGAA